GUCAUUCAGCGCCAUCCAUUGAAUUAGAAUGUAAUAUAUAGUUCAAUGGAUCUAUCGUGUUAACAAAAUAAGUAGGUUAUGAGUGUAACCGUAAUAUCGGUUAACAUUGUAUAUAUAACAACGCCUAAUAUAUAUAAAUUUAAAUAUUAUGUCGGAAGAAUUGGGAUUGCAGGUAGGACGAAGGAGUUAUGAGGAAAUAUUAAAACAGCGACAAGAUGAAGGAGGAUAUAAAACCGAAACCACAAAUGAGCAAGCCCGUGUUGAAGAGAUCGUACUCAAAUUUUAUCGGUCGUGCAGAGAUGGAGAUCCUGUUUUACUUAGGCCAAAGCAUGUUCAAUUCCUAAAGAAAGCAAUUACUCAUUUAAAAGAAACUUACGAGUGUUUGGACUCGAGUAGGCCAUGGCUAUGUUUCUGGAUAUUGCAUUCACUUGCAAUAUUAGGAGAACGCUUAGAAGAUGAAGAGUACUCUAAGAUAGCAGGCUUCUUAGCGAAAUGUCAAUCACCACUUGGUGGUUUUGGAGGAGGUCCAGGACAAUAUCCUCAUUUGGCUUCUACGUAUGCUGCAGUGAAUGCACUGUGCACCAUUGGUACACAAGAAGCAUACAACGUGAUAGAUAGGAAAAAUUUGAAACGGUUUCUGUCGUCCUUACGCGGAGAGGAUGGUUCUUUCUGCAUGCACAAGGACGGCGAAGUAGAUAUGCGUGGAGCGUACUGCGCUCUCGCCACUGCCAAGUUGACAAACGUGUACACACCGGAUAUGUUCAAAGGCACCGCCGAAUGGAUAGCUAAGUGUCAAACGUGGGAAGGUGGCUUCGGCGGUUGUCCAGGGAUGGAGGCUCAUGGUGGAUACGCGUUUUGCGCUUUGGCAGCACUUGUAAUGCUCGGAAAAACAGAGCUUUGCCAUUUGCCGGAGCUACUGAGAUGGAUAGUGAAUAAACAGAUGCGUCUUGAGGGCGGUUUCGAGGGACGUACGAAUAAAUUGGUGGACGGAUGUUAUUCAUUCUGGCAAGGGGGAACGUUCCCAUUGAUCGCCGCUGUCUUAUCAACGCAAGGAAAGGAAUAUAAUGGUUCCGACCACUGGCUGUUCAACCAAGAGGCCUUACAAGAGUAUAUAUUAACUUGCUGUCAGAAUCCGCACGGUGGUCUUCUGGAUAAACCAGGAAAAAAUCGUGAUAUAUACCAUACGUGUUAUGUCCUCAGUGGAUUAUCAAUUGCACAAAAUUCGCCAGUAGAAACCAUCAUUGGAAGGAGGCUAACGAAUAAAGUGGAAGUCAUACAUCCUGUAUACAAUGUUGAAUACUCCGCCGCGAGAAAAGCGCAGGAGUAUUUUUCCACUUUACCAAUCCCAGCCGAUUGAUGCGUCUUAGCUAUCUAAAAUAUAUUUAACCAUGUUUGUAUGUUUUUCCUAAAAAGAAUGAAAAAAAGAAAAAAAUCCCAAAGAUGGAAUUUAUCUCAAAUUGACCAAUGAUGCGCGCGUAAAAGUUUGUACAUGAAAUUCCAUAAUUGUGAUAUAUAAGAGAAGAACUUAUAAUACCAUGUUUUUUUAAUUGUCUUUACAUUCGAUGCACAUUACACGAUAUUAAAAAUUCAAAAAAACAUCGGCAUUUUUCCUAUUUUAAUUUUGUAUUAAUAAAGAUUACGGAGAAGCUGUUAUAUGAUAAUUUAUUACGCCGUGAGACGUUGCAUUGUUAUCUGAAUCUUUUUUUCUUUAUUAAUUAUCGUACGACAUGAAUGCACUAAUCUUAAAAAUGAAAUAAACUGAUCCACAGAGGUAAAAGAUCUCUAUUGCAACAUAUGGUCUUACACAUAGAUUAUAUGUACAUAUAUAGAUAAAUAAUAGAAUAUAUAUU